GCUCCCCUAUAUAAGGCAGGGGCUGCCCUGCCAGACCCCUGGGUUACCCACCAGUUGGAGGGGACACAGAGCGAGUCCAGCCCAGCCCAGCCCUGCCCAGCCUAGGCCCUGCCCUGCCGUCACCAUGCCUUUCGGAAACACCCACAACAAGUACAAGCUGAACUUCAAGCCGGAGGAGGAGUACCCGGACCUGAGCAAGCACAACAACCAUAUGGCCAAGGUGUUGACCCCAGACCUGUACAAGAAGCUCCGGGACAAGGAGACGCCCUCUGGCUUCACCCUGGACGACGUUAUCCAGACCGGCGUGGACAACCCAGGCCAUCCCUUCAUCAUGACUGUGGGCUGCGUGGCCGGCGACGAAGAGUCCUACGACGUCUUCAAGGAUCUGUUCGACCCCAUCAUCCAGGAUCGGCACGGGGGCUACAAGCCCACCGACAAGCACAAGACCGACCUCAACCACGAGAACCUCAAGGGCGGAGAUGACCUGGACCCCAACUACGUACUGAGCAGCCGUGUCAGGACAGGCCGAAGCAUCAAGGGUUACACCCUGCCCCCCCACUGCUCCCGGGGCGAGCGUAGGGCCGUGGAAUCCCUGUCUGUCAACGCCCUCAACAGCCUGACUGGGGAGUUCAAGGGCAAAUACUACCCCCUGAAGAGCAUGACCGAGCAGGAGCAGCAGCAGCUGAUCGACGACCAUUUCCUCUUUGACAAGCCCGUCUCCCCCCUGCUGCUGGCCUCUGGCAUGGCCCGGGACUGGCCGGACGCCCGCGGCAUCUGGCACAAUGACAACAAGAGCUUCUUGGUGUGGGUGAAUGAGGAGGACCAUCUGAGGGUCAUCUCCAUGGAGAAGGGGGGCAACAUGAAGGAGGUCUUCCGUCGCUUCUGUGUGGGGCUGCAGAAGAUUGAAGAGAUCUUCAAGAAGGCCGGCCACCCUUUCAUGUGGAACGAACACCUUGGUUAUGUCCUCACCUGCCCCUCCAACCUUGGUACUGGCCUGCGUGGGGGUGUGCAUGUCAAGCUGGCAAACCUCAGCAAGCACCCCAAGUUUGAAGAGAUCCUCACCCGCCUGCGUCUGCAGAAGCGAGGCACAGGUGGUGUGGACACAGCAGCUGUGGGCUCAGUGUUUGAUGUGUCCAACGCAGACCGACUGGGCUCCUCAGAGGUGGAGCAGGUGCAACUGGUAGUGGAUGGUGUGAAGCUCAUGGUGGAGAUGGAGAAGAAGCUGGAGAAGGGCCAGUCCAUCGAUGACAUGAUCCCUGCUCAGAAAUAGAGACCUCCACCUUACUGACCUCCUACAUGUACACAGCACCUGGGGGCCCACUCCUCCCUUCCUUAUCCCUGGAGCUCCAACUACCAUGUAGAAUUCCAGCCAAUGGGACUUUGGUACCCUGUCUGGAGUUUCAGCCAAUAGAAGGCCCACCACCUGUAUCUGGCAAUGCAAUCACCACCUGGAGCUCUGCCCAAUGGGGCCUCCUUGCUCCCUUUGGGAGUUCUCCCUUUCCCCUUCCACUCCCAGCAAUAAAAUCUAUGGUGGCCCCCGA